AUGGAUAAAUUUACCGUGGUUAGUGUGCUUUGUUCGGCAUUAAUUGCAAAUGCACAACAAGACGUAAAAGGCUUCGACGAUACCGUAUUGUUCGAUAUAUUUUGGCCUGGCAAUAAUGUGGAUGAAGAAUUAGGGAAAAACGAAGAAAUAAUCGUCACCUCAGCACAUCAAGAAAAAUAUCGAUGCAUUUUGCCUUCAAUACAAGAAAAAGAAUCGCAAGCCGAUGAAAAAUAUGAUGGUCCUACAGCACUAGACUUAAUCUCACCACUCUUUACACAAUCCACUUGUUCAUAUAGGUUUGAGACUUACUGGACGUAUGAGGUUUGUCAUGGGAGAUUUAUAAGGCAGUACCAUGAAGAUCGGGAGGGUAAAAAGGUUAAAUUGCAAGAAUAUAAGUUGGGGCAAUGGGAGGAAAAGACUUAUGAUAGGAUUUUGGAGAAAGUUAAAGCAGAGGAGCAAGAUAAAAGCCACCAGAUUCCUUUAAAGAAAAUUGAUAAUAUUAAUUUACCUUACUUGGAAGUCAGUAUGGAAAAUGGUACUUUAUGUGAUUUAAAUUAUAACAAGCCCAGAUCCACAAAGGUUUUGUAUGUUUGUUAUGUUCAUGGUAAAAACGAGGUUUACUCCCUAAAAGAAACAUCAACUUGUCAGUAUGAGAUUAUUAUUUUAUCACCGUUCUUAUGCAGUCAUCCAAAAUAUAAACCCAAAGAAACUGGUGAAAAUAAAAUAAACUGUAUGCCUUUAGAGGGCGCCCCAGAUAAACCCUAUAGCCUUAUGAAAAUGAAAAUAGAUAGUUUAAAAUUAAGAAGAAACUCUGAUUUUGAUAGAAUUAAAGUUGAGAUUAUAGAUAUCAAAGAUUCCAUUAAACCUCCAGCUAAAAAACCAAAUUUGGACCCAUCACCUGUAAAGAGCUUUUUAACUGGUAAAAACUGUUUAAAUGGCGGUACUGGUUGGUGGAAAUAUGAAUUUUGCUAUGGAAAAUCAGUGGAGCAAUACCAUGUAGAUAAAGACUUCAAAAAAACCGCUAUCAAACUGGGUAGAUUCAACAAAGAAACCCAUUUGGAUUGGAUUAAAACCCAUCCGCAAAAACGCCCAAAGCCCAAGGGGGAACGUAAGCAACUUUCCCAUUUUUAUUCAGAUGGGGAUGUCUGUGAUAAAACUGGAAAGCCUAGGCAAACCGAAGUCAAAUUAAAGUGUUUGGAGAAUACCAGCCCAAGUGCUGUUUCUUUGUAUUUAUUGGAGCCCAGAUAUUGUGAAUACAUUUUGGGGGUUGAAUCGCCGCUUAUUUGUGAUAUUCUAGCGGCCGCAGAUGAAAAUGGGCUUGUAGAAGAUAAUAUGGUUGAUAUUUUGGAUGGUGGAGAAACAGUUAGUGAAACUACAGUAAAUAUAAGACUUUAA